AUGGAGGAGGCUAACAACACAAGUAACCAGGGCGAAGAGGACGACCUCAAGGAGUACUUUGUACACAAGGUCCCAAAACUGUACAUCGCCGUUGAUCCCAAGAACGACAACGGCCAAACAUCGGUAGUCAGAUACGGCGAGAAGGACAAUCGCAUCUACCCGGUAUGGGACUCUACAUGGGACCGAACACCGGACACUAUUCGCAUGCCGAAAUACCAGGCCCUUUUGACCACCAAUGGUCCCCACAACGUUCUUGCUAUACCCGCAAAGCUAGAGCAGACGGUUGCGGUGCAUCAUAGCCCACCUGGGGGCCAACAGACCACUAUCUACAUACAUCCCACCGCCAGUGUUGACCAACACAUUCCAAGUUAUAUGAGGAUGCUAAGUGCACCAGACGAGUCCGAGGAGGAGCUUGCGAAGCCGAUUCCACCAUACGACCCUAAAUCAGGAGAGAAGGAGGACGUACGCAGGAAGAAGCUUGUUGUGAUGGUGGAGUCUGCUUCAGAGCGCAAUAGAGGUGAUGACAAGGAUAAGGGACGCGCAUUCAUCGACUUAUCUGGCCUUGCUGAUCCCUCUAGUGCUGACCCUGAAGAUACCAGCGACGUACCAUUCUUAUACGUCUACGAGCACCAUUCAUCCAACGCGAAGCUGACAUUCGGUACUCAAAGCACCAUACAAGUGAUCCGCGACAAAAAGGGAUACGGCGACCUUAUUUUCCACCUCAAGGAACAGGACGGCGACGCACCUCCCUAUGUCGAGUACUACCGAUUCAAAAAAGGCUACACGCUGCGUUUCAACGACUGCGGUGCGACGGUGCAGAAAAAACGACCCAAGACCACAGACAGCAGCACCGCUGCCACAGAAGGGAAGAAGACGAAGAGCAAGGCGAAGAAGGCGAACGAGAAAACCACUGAAGGCGACAAGAGUAAGAAGAGAUCCAGUGUGCCCCAGAUGGCGGAGGUUCUGUGGUACAAGGAAUUUCACGUCUACUUUCCACCCGAUCGCUGGAACACGGGGUUCUGGUACGACACUUGGACCGAUGAUUAUACGGAGGGCUAUGGCACAUACAAUGACGAGCAAGCAAAGCACAACGUGGUGGCUUUCCCGCAUUUUAUGGACGCGCUAGAGCAAUGUUUCAACCAACGGGAAACCGACGAGAACGCGGCGGUCGAGGAAAUAGUCGGGAAAGACGGAAAGAGUAAGAGGAAGGGAAGGGAUAAAGCGAAGGCCGCAGCAAAGCCCGAAAUGCAAGACGGAGAGGGACGGAAAGUGCAUAUUUUCAGGCGCAGGAAGGAAGGAGAAGUGCUUGUUCCUGAUAUCAAUUUGAGAGUGACCAGGAAGGAAGAGGAGCGGAUUAUGCAGGAGAGAGCGGAUGAGAAGGCGAAUGGAGACGAAGAUGGGGUUGCGGAAGAGGGGGUUGGGCAGGCUGCAGAGCAGGGAACAAAUGCGGGCGUAGAGGAGGGGGAUGAUCAGAUGGAAGAGGACGUGGACGUGAACACGGAGAAGUAA